AUCGAGAUUACUGUGAAUAAAGUAAUAACAGCAAGAAAAGAAGUGUUAAAUAGCAGAUCAGCUUGUCUAUAUUUUCGUAAAUAAUCAGUUGCUAUUAACUGUUAUCAGAAAGCUCUUUCGUAGAAUAUGCUUCUGUGGGAGAAAAGAAUAAAGUAAAAGUCUUUACGCCACGUUACAUGACCUCUUCAAGGCCGAAAACGUCAUCGGGAAAUCUUACAAUAUGAAGAGCCGCCUGUUUGUUAUCGUCUUCCUGAGAAUUGGUUGUGGAGAGGGGGAAUCUUCCUUAUUUUAACAGCUGAUUGCGACAUAUGCGGAGAUAGCUUGGGGAAAGAGGAGAUAACGUAUCGGCUGUUUCAGGAUGUUACUCAGCAAAGUGGCUUGUCAUUGUUAAAAUGUUCUUUUGGUUUACGUCAGUGCAACAAGAGUGGUUGAAUACAAGUUUUCUUGUAGUUAAGAUGGAAGAUUACACAUCAGAUAGCAGUGAUAGUGAUGGCCUGCACCGCACUGUUGACUAUUCGUACUUAAUGUUAGAUACACAUACUCUUUACCACAAUAUUGAGCAUUUUGUAGAUAUGGAAACGAAAGACCCGGAAAAUGUAGAUACUCUUUUAUUACACCACAAUACGAUUAAUAUACUACCAUUAAAUAUGAAUAAAUUUAAAAUCUUAAAGGUCUUGGAUGUCAGUUCUAAUGGACUAACAGAACUACCGGAAAUACUGUCAGAAUGCCCUCUUAGAUGUCUUAUUGCCAAGAAUAAUAAUCUGGACAGUGAUUCUUUUCCAAAAUCCAUUGGUUCAUUUGUAAAUCUCAAAGAACUGAAUGUCAGUGGAAACAAUAUUACCUCCUUUCCUGAGCAAAUACUUGAAGUUACAAGUUUGAAGUAUCUCUAUUUGGGAGGCAAUCAUCUAAGGGAAAUCUCCAAAGACAUUUGGAAACUACAUGGGCUUCAGAUCUUGUAUAUUGGUGGGAACAAACUUGUUCAUGUACCAGAUUCUGUUGGCAAGCUAAAACAGUUGCAAGCCUUGAACCUAAGUGACAACAUUCUGGAAAGUCUUCCAGCUACGAUUGCAAAUCUCAAGAAUCUCAAAUCUCUUUUACUGCAUAAAAACAAGCUUCGGACUCUUCCACCAGAAAUUGUUGCUUUAAAAUGUUUAACAGAGUUAAGUUUACGCGAUAAUCCACUGGUGGUACGCUUUGUAAGCAAUAUGACACUCAGUCCUCCAAGUCUUCUAGAACAUGCUGGGAGAGCAAUCAAGGUUCAUGGGAUACCAUACGGAGCUCCAGACCUGCCAAGGAGUCUAAUUGAAUACUUAAAUAGUGCUCAUCACUGUGUUAACCCUACGUGCAAAGGUGUAUUCUUUGACAACCGAGUGGAGCAUAUCAAAUUCGUGGACUUCUGUGGAAAGUAUCGCAUUCCCCUGCUGCAAUACCUUUGUUCAUCCAAAUGUAUUGAAGAUGACUGCAACAGUGAAGUUGAUGAAUCAGGAACUUAUGGCUAUGCCAACAGUAAUAUGAUGAAGAAAGUUCUGCUUGGUUAAACUCUUCCUCUGCUCAAUUCAGUGUAUUCGUAUUUCAAGAAAGUUCCUAAAUUUGUAUUACACGUUCCUAAUUACUUAUAAAAUGUAUGCAUAACUUAGUGCAAAUGUGCUUAAAAUUUUGAGAAAAAAGAAAUGAAUCCUGAAUUAGAAGCUGUAAAACAUUGGGAAAAUUAAAAAUUCACAAUUUUUGAACUUGGACAUCAAGAAUUUCUACACGACAGCAAAAAUCUGUAUAUAUGUGUAAUUUAAUUUAGUACUAAAAGUUAGUUUAUUGCAGAGGUUCAAACAAUGGCUGUUGGAGUAAUGAUUGUUCACUAUCUAAGAUAUUUUUUUUGAAUAUGAAUUGGUCUCUUCUAAGAUGUUCAGAUUCACAGAAUGUGCAACUGUACAAUACAAAAUGUGGUUGUAUGUUUUAAGAGAGGAAUAAAAAUAAUAUUUUUGCACUUUAAA